GCCCAAAAUAUAGUUCAAGACGACAAGGCUAAGGAAGGAGAACUUUACAGCAAGCAGCAUGAAGUAUCACGACGAUUACUAGAAAACCGUAUAUGGGAGGUUUUCUACUAUAUGCACAGAAAGAUGCAGGAACUGCCAAUCUCACAUUCCUCAGUAGUAAACCGUACCGAAGACCAGCUCAUUUCUCUUCUGGCUACAGCUGCAAACUUCUCAGAAAUAGAGGGAGCAGGCGCUUGGCGAAAGAAGUCCUUGCAAGCCGUAACAAAUACUAUACAACAGAAAAUUCGACGCAUGCAGAAUCCAGAAGACUGCCGGACAGCAAAAGCACUUGUUUGUAAUCUUGACAAGGAGUGCGGCUUUGGUUGUCAACUCCAUCAUGUAGCGUAUUGUUUUCUGACAGCUUUCGGCUCAGGAAGAAUGCUGGUGCUCAACAGGGAUGGUUCAGCAUGGAGGUAA